UUUCGACAUUAAUUAUGUCAUCAACAGGAAUGUUCUAAUCCCCAAGUUUUAUAAAGGUCGUUUUUGAUAAAUCUAUGCCGCACAGGCCUUUUAUCCCAUUAAAAAAAAUACAGAUAUGUGCCUGAUCUUGAACCGUUCUGUUAUUAGCAGAUUAUCGAUUAGCCAGCUACAAAUUUGUCUGGCAUUGGUCAAGCAUUUCAUUGCACAAUGCAUGCAGAUCCGUUAUGGCUUUGUACAGGCAUUGACUACGCACACAACACAGUGUUAACCGCAAGAGACAUGCAGUAUAUACUUUUAGGCCUUGGUGGCAGAGUGCAAAAGCGGGAAAGCGUUGGCCUCUAGUGCGUACAAAAUGCUGAUUAUUGUGAUCAAUCUGUAUUGUUGGAUAGUAUUAAAUCGAAAGUGAAUAUAUAGAUGCCUGUUUGUUGAUAUUUAUUGUGACGUUGCUAAACGCGGUUGUACGUGAACAAUUUAAUUGGAUGAACCAGCACUGGUCUUGAACCUGCUUACUCUUCGCAAAAUACUAUCGAUAGGCAGGGGAUAUUAUUCUUUUACUUGUGCGAUGUAUGUGUUUCUGUCGUCUAGAUGUGAAGUAGAUUCAGAUGUGUGAGUGUUAAAUGUGGCGUGUAUUUGGUGCUAACACAAGUUUAAAUUGAUAGGAUUAUAACUCAAUCAACAUGCGGAGGCAUCGGCGAACGAAAUGGUUAUGUUCCGUACUUACGUUAAUCUUCAUCAUUGCAAUUUAUAGAGGAAAUCAUAGGGUAAUACGAAAAAAGAGUUCUACCACGUGUGCCCCUGGUUCUAAUGGGCGCCCACAACCAGAGGAAAAAGCAGAGCCUAAGAAAAUCCAAAAAGCUUCUCCGAUACUUGUACGAAGAGUGCGUGUCUUCAAAAAGCGUCGUGUCGUUCUAAUACCCAAAAAUAAAGUUCUCAAUAAAACAGCAACAAAAGUAGAAUAUAGUAGACGUGGUUUCAUAAUGUCGCGUAAGGACGAGAGGAGUUUCCAAAUACACGACAUCGCCGAAUAUUUACUGAAACCAUGGAAACGCAAUGAAACCAAUAUCAGGGAUUUAAGAUCAAUACUGGAAGGAUAUGCUGAUCCCAGUGUAUUAGUAGCCACCAAGGAAAACAUGGAAGUUGGGCAACAAAUAAAAAUGUAUUUCGAGUCGAAGGACCUCAGUAUCAAUUUAGAUGAAGAUGUUUACAGCACAUUUCCAAAGAAAUGGCCUGAAGAUGACAAUAACAAACGAUAUCGUACAUGCAGCCUUGUUGGUAGUAGUGGCAUACUACUGGAUAGUCAGUGCGGGAAACAAAUAGACAGUGCAGACUAUGUAAUCAGAAUGAAUACCCCGCCAAUACUAAAUUUCACAAAUGAUGCUGGAAGCAAAGCCAACAUGACAACGAUGAAUCCAUCUGUGAUAGCUAAAAGAUAUAAUAAUCUAACAUUGGAGAGUGAUAUAGUGAAAUAUUUAUCUGAUAUGCGGCAGUACAACCAGCAUUUAAUUAUCCCAGCGUUUUCAAUGAGAAUUGGCUACGAACUUUCAAAGAAAGUGGUGGCGGCGUUUAAAGAAGACCCUUUCCAUCCUCUACAUGUGUUACUUAUGCAUCCUAAGCAUUUUUUAGCAACAAGUCAUUUCUGGAAAGACAAGUUCGAUAUAGAUGCAAAGCGUAUUUCGUCAGGUCUGUACAUGGCGAGCGUUGCAUUAUCCAUGUGCGAUCAGGUAACUGCGUUUGGAUUCUGGCCAUUCCAUAUGGAUCAUCGAAACAGAACUCUUGAGUACCACUAUUAUGAGCAAACAAAACUCGUCCCACUGCCAAAAGUUCACCAUUUCGCACAAGAAUUUCGAAUUUUACUCAGCCUUCACGAUAUUGGUAUUAUACGUUUACAUUCAAAUAAUUGUUAUGACUAGAGUUACAAGGUGCUCCGCUACACCAGCAAAGCAACACAAGUUUAUGUGGAGCAAACUGCGUGACUUCCAAGCAACGACACAAGUUGGCGACGGAGAUAUCUGACACGAAGAAAGAGUGUCUGGUAGAAUCUGUGUGACCCAAUAUGUGCGAUCCAGUCAAUUUGACAAACACUGUGCGAUACGGGUGUCGCGAUAAAAGUUAUGCGACAAGUGGUAAAACACUUAACGAUAACGCAGCUUUUAACCCCUACUGGUGUCCACACCUUUUUUGGAAUAAAUUUGUUGAGAAGUAACGGUAGCAACAAAUGUUACUUGUAACUGUUCCACGUGUUGGUGUUUAGUUCGAUUUACGAAAGCGUUUUCCUUUUUAUAAUGGUGCAUAUUAUUGAUGUUCUAUUCAAGCCUACCCGCCAAUCAAGGGAUGAUGGAUACCGUAGUUUAGAUAUAUAUUUUAAUCCAUCCAGGCUAACAUGAACGUUCUCAAGUGUCUAAGCCCAAAUGCCCUUUCUUGGUUUUAUCGCAGUAAUUUUUCUUGUCCUUUGUAGUUUGCUGUCAAUAGAUGAUCGUGAAAAUUUGACUACGACGUUGUCCAUGAUAAUUAGUGUUCCGUUCUACUUUUGUAGAUUUAUUUUUAUAAAACAGUUUCUAUAAUUAGGCAUAGUUAGCUCAGUUGUUAGGUAGUGUAGAGUUGUCUUUUUUGAUAAUUAAUUCGAUAUGGCAAGAAGUUGUAAUGCCAAAAAAAUUGGCAAACAGCUAAAUGACUGCAAUCCGAAAGAUAUCAGAAAACAUUCUAUAAAUAUUUCAGAUCAUUGUGUUUUAUCAUUUCGAAUAUUAUAUAAUAUUCUUUUGUAUUAUUGUAUUAUUGUUUUUAUUAUUAUAUAUAGUAUUUUUGUCAUAAAGUUGUAUCUAAAAUAUUAAGGCAAGUUCCUUAUGACUUUGUUACAUGUGCGGUUGAUUUUGCUGGAAAUAUAACAGGAAAGGAAAAACAUUCCAAGUUUUAGUUAUAUUUUUAAAAGAUAUUUAAACAUUGUAACAGACGAGGGAGUCAUAGCUAACCAUUUGACAUUUAUUAAGUGCAAUAAGGUAUCGCUUUUCAAAUAUUUUAUGAUAUUAAUUAAAAGACUAGCAGAAUUUACUUUCAAAUGAAACUUGUUCAGAUAAACAAAAAUUGUAAAACAAUUGGGUUGUUCGAUUAUGAAGUAGUGUAAAAGGAACCUGUUGUUGUCUGUUUCUCCAACCGUACAGAAGUGCAUUUGAAUAAUAUGACGGAUUUAUUCAUUGGACAACGGAAAUACUGUACUAGUAUUUUCAAUACGUUAUUAUCUGGGGCCAUACAAGUGCUGAAAAGCUCUACUUCCGUCGAUAUUAGCCAAUGAUAUCAGUGAUUUGUUCGUUUUCAACGUCUGAAAAUGUGUUGUAUACCUAUAUGUGUAGGCCUACAAUGUCAACAUUUAAGUUCUAGUAUGUAUUUGAGUGUUCUAAUAAUUAGGUUGUUAUUUUAAGUAACCACCGGUACCAUAGAAAAAUACGAGAAAAUAAUAUAUAAACGAUUUUGUUUUCAGAAAAUUGUUAUUUGUCGUUUCAGUGUCGUUUAUUAGUAGUAUUAGUAUUUAUUGAUGUAUUUUCUUCUUGUUUAACAUUAUCGUUCACAUAGCAUUUAGGCCUAAAUUUCAGUAGCCAACCAUGAGAGUAGUUUGUGGUAGGCCUAUCAAUCAUUAAUGUCUUAAAAUUUGAGUCUAUAAAAAUGUAUGUAGGUGUUCUAAUUUGUGUUUAUUUUUAGGUACAAUCCUGAUUUACUUUUCCAACUGUUUUAAUGACGCUGUAAGCAUUUCAGUUAGUUUGUGAAAGCCAGUAAUCUACGCCUAUGUUUACCUUGAAUGGUGGUAUUAAAUACAACGUUUUACUAAA